AUGAUACACUUGAUUUGCCUUUAUUGUCGAGUUUCAGCAUGUGUCGCAAUUCUUGAAGAGAAGUGGGUAGCUGGGAACAGCAUCUUUGUCCUAGUUGUUGAUCUUGGAGUUAACAUGGAUUCUUUCCUCAUCAUUCAGUGUCAGUCAAUUUUCCAAGUAGCAUUUAUUGAAACUGCCUCCUACAUCCCAUCCAGCGAACUUCAUCCAGCUCGAGACAACGAUGGCUAUCGUCCUUUACCAACCGACAAAGGUUCUACACUAAAGUUCAAGCGCUACAGUCCUCAUGCAGGGAUCCCUCAACAAGAUCAUGCCGAGGACAACCUUCGGAAUUCUGAAACCGCGCCCGCCGAGCUACCUUCGAAGCUUUCGGCGUCUGGUUGCACGAACUCUGGGGUUUGCUUUGCUGUGGCUUCACUGUUAAGGCCCUACGGGUGCUAUUUUGGUCAAUUCUCGAUCGUAGUAUGGCAAAAGCGCACCAUAUGUGGCUAG